GAUCGAUGUGAGUGCCAGUCAGUAAGAAUGUUUCCUGUGAACUCGUCAUUUGUUAGAACAGUUCUAUAAGUUUUUGUGUUUAAUGCGGAAGUGAAUAACUCGAUAUUUCUCCAACGAUAGCUGAUUAUCAAAAUGUCUUAUUACCAAACGCGGAAGCAGCGACUCAGCUGGAUUCUGGAAAUCUUUCUGCUCUACCUCACCUCAGUCUCAUCCCACGAAGCUGUGCCCACGAUUUAUCAAGAUACGCCAGACGCAUCGACUCUGAAGAUAGAGGCCAGAGAAUCCGAGGCGUCGAUAACUUUGGGGAAGGAACUAGUCCUCGGUUCUCCUUUGUCGACCAAAGCAUCAAUCGUCGCCGAUUCCAACGAUAUCGCUUCCACAAGAAUUGCUCCCCUCGUGUCUCCCACGAUUGUCAGUCGAAUGUCUUCCGGGGAGCAUGCCGGUUCUCAGAGACCCGUCACGAAGGACGCCGGUCCUCGCGGCUCUUACGUCGACAGCCGCAAGUCUGCUUGGGUCAGCAAAAAUCCGAAGACCGCUUGGAAAAGGGACAGCUACCUCCAGGCACUGAUGCACUCGCGUCACAGCGACGAUCCACGAGAAGGGAUCGUGCAGACGGACUCAAAGACGAAGACAAACAGGAGGGAGUACGUGCAGGGGCCCAUUUACAAGCCGGAAAUGGAGUACGGUUCGCCCGAUUCGACGUACGCGCCGAAGAGCCCGCGAAUCACCUACGGCGGGCCCAACGCUCCUUCGUUCAGCGACUCUUACCCGCAACCCUUCAAGCCAUCGGUGGACUACGGCGAUCGCUAUAGCGUACCGCAGAAUUCUUACGGCCCGCCGCAGAAUCCGUAUGGACCGCCGAACGACGGUCCCUCGUUUUAUCCUCAGACUUCCUCGUAUGGAUCACCCGGGAACUAUCUACCGCCCCAACAAGGAUAUGGUCCUUCCAUACACACUUCCGUUCCAACUCCGAUUUAUGGUGCACCCUACUCGCUUUCGGAUGUGGCUCAAAUUUCCCUUUUGCCGAGUAUCGAUCUAGGAUUGCCGCUCGCUCUCAAACUAAAUGCAUUCACCAUCGCGAAAAUCAUAUUGAAGUUAGUGAUCUUCAAGAUGAUCGUGAAAUUUAUCGCAGUAAUCUGCUUGCUGCUCUUUAUACCUAAACUUGAGAUCAUUAAGAAGAAGGUUUCUAAUAAAGACGAGGACGACGAGGAACGCAAGUUCUCAUCACCUUAUGCCAGCACGGAAACUCUAAACACUCUCGAAGAUAUAGUAAAAAGCUCCGUUGAGAAAUACAAGGCGCAAAACAGUGCUCGUUCAAAUUCGACGGAAGGAUGCACGACACCUGCGUGUCGCAUCGCCGAGGCGUUUACGUUCCACGAAUCUUGGCACGACUAUUUAAAUCUAUUCAAGAGUUACGUAGAAGAAGAGAGGCAGCUCACAGAACGAAGAGAGUAGUGAGAGAUUUACAUUGUCAUCGAGCUUCAUCGUCGCGUCAUUUCUCCCUACUUUUGUAAUUAUUUAUUUUUAUAAGUAUAUAUUAAUAUACUUAUAUAUAAAACUUA